GAAAAUUAUCUGGUCCGGCUGAUUUGAACUCGAACACAGUCCCAUUCAUUUUCUGCCUUCGAAAAUUUAUCGGCGUUUAAUCAAAAUUUCCAACGUUUUGUCGAGAUUUUUGCUCUUCACCUUCUGUUCGCCGACCGCUUCUUUGCUGCUCUCUCCGCCGCCUUGGUUCUGUCGGCGGAUUCCCUUGUCCUAUGGGUGUUUCCAUGGAUAGGGUCCGACAAUGGUUGGCUUCGGCGAUUUAGCUUUUGUGGCUCUUAAUCUCUCAGUUCGUAAUCAUCUCUGCCGGCGAAAAGACAGGGUUCUUUUGAUUCAACUCUAGACAACUCCGGUAUUGCUGAACUGAAGCUGCUUAUGGGGUGAUUCUACAUGAAGCUCUGAAUCAAAAUCUAUCGUUCGUUGUGAUACAGAAGGUGUAGCGAAUUAUGGAUGAAAGAGUGGCAGAGGAUGUUUCUAGGGUCCACGAGGCCGAGGCUGCUCAUCUUCAGUUCAAAGAUGGUGAGCAGUCUCUUAAACCCGAGAAUUGUGGUGAGUUGCUGGAAACCAAAGAAGUGCAUGCUGAGGAGGGGGUUAGUUCUCCUGAUAGCUCAUUUGAUGUAAUCGCAGAAAUUCUUGAAGGUAAGAAUGUGAAUCCCUUGGAUCAAAGAGAAAACCCUCCAUGUUCUAGCCUGCAGAAUACAGGUGAUGUGGAUGACGUGGUCGAGGAGUUGAUGGUUAGAAACUGUGAUGGAUCUAGUGUAGGUAUAGUUGGUAUAUCAAGAAAUAAAGAGAGACUAGAGAGCAUGCAUGGCCAGUCUCAGCAUCCUUUUCAAUCAGGUGGUGGUUCAUCUAGUACUAGUUCUAAGAGUAAGAAGGGAACCAACAAGGUGACUCCGGGUAUCUGGCUAAAUGCAGGAAAAAUGCCUUUUCCCGAGUCUUCAGCUCGAGAAUUAAGCAGUUCUAAGCAUGAUGAAGCAAAUGAAUAUUUCAUGAAUGUUGACAGGAAUGUUGUACCAAAAGAGGCAUUGUCCCAUGGGAGCCUCAAGACAAAGAUCUUAUCGCAGUCCGGGUUCUCUCAGUUUUUUGUUAAAACAACAUUGAAAGGAAAAGGGGUCAUAUUUAAAGGGCCGCCGCACAGUAGAUAUAAAGCUACUAGUCUUGAGCAUCAAAAUCCAAGUACUUCUGGUAAUACUGUAGUCGUUUCUAAUGCUCCAGUAAAAGUUUCUACCAGUGCCCCUUUGGUAGCUUAUGAUGUUUCGCCAUGCUCACCAUCAAAAGCCAGUAAGUCAUCUUCUUGUGCUGACAUCUCAGUGAGGCAUAGAGGGUGUGGAGGGGAAGGUUUGACUUUGAGAGAGUGGCUACAGUCAGAGCGCCACAAAGUAAAUAAAAAUGUGUGUUUGUAUAUCUUUAGGCAGAUUCUGGAUCUUGUGGACCACUCUCAUUCUGAAAGAGUUGUCUUGUGUGACCUACGGCCGUCUUCAUUCAAAAUGUUCAAGGAAAAUGGGAUCAAGUAUGUGGGGACAAGCUCCGAGGGAGAAUCUUUUGACAACAACACAAAUAAAGCUACUCUUUGCCACAUGGAAAACCCUCUUGUUAGAAAACGAUCAAUAGAUAUGGGUUUGCACUCUAGUACCUCUAUUCUUGUGAAGAAGCAAAAGUCAAAUGAUCAUGCAAGCUCUAGUCAGCGGCCUAUAUUUCGUCAUGGGAGCGUCAAUAUCCGAUCAGAAAAUGAUAGCAACGACACUCGAGGGUUUCCUAUCAGGUUUGGCCAAACUCAAUCUGGCACGGCUUUCCGUCCCUUUACUUCCAUGAUGGGGCAGUUAGAAGAGAAAUGGUAUGCAAGCCCCGAGGAGCUCAGGGGUGACAUCUGCUCAGCAUCUUCAAACAUCUAUAGGUUGGGUAUUCUUCUUUUUGAGCUAUUAAGUCGUUUUGGCUCCGAGAGAGCACGUGAGGCUGCUAUGUCUGAUAUCCGACACCGGAUUCUUCCUCCACAUUUUUUAUCAGAGAAUCCAAAGGAAGCUGGGUUUUGUCUAUGGUUACUUCAUCCAGAACCUUCAUGCAGGCCAACGACCAGGGAGAUCAUACGAUCUGAAGUGGUAAAUGGAAUUCAGGACCUGUAUGCUGAAGGCUUAUCUUUAUCUAUCGAACAAGAGGACACUGAAUCUGAAUUGUUGCUGCAUUUUCUUGUUUCUGCCCAAGAGCUAAAGCAGAAGCAUGCCACAAAUCGGAUGGAAGAAAUCGCAUGCUUAGAAGCAGAUAUCGAAGAGAUUGGUAGAAGACGUUCUGCUAUAAGGCCUCUGUCGACAGAGGAAGUUUAUAGUUCACCUCCCGCUUCUAGUGAACCUGAAAUGCGACUGAUCAAUAACAUUCAUCAGCUUGAAAGCGCUUAUUUUUCAGCAAGGACACGUGCCCAUCUCCCUGGAACACAUCAUGCCUCUCGACCAGAUAGAGAUUUGCUGAGAAAUAGUGGCAAUUUUAAUUCGGAACAAGAAAAUAUGGAGAUUCAACACGCAAAUGAUCGUGUUGGAGCAUUCUUUGAUGGGUUGUGCAAGUAUGCUCGAUAUAAUAAGUUUGAAACUCGGGGUAUGCUGAGGACUGGUGAAUUCAACAACACUGCGAACGUAAUUUGUUCUCUGAGUUUUGACCAAGACGAAGAUUAUUUUGCCGCAGCUGGAGUAUCAAAGAAGAUCAAAAUAUUUGAGUUCAAUUCCAUUUUCAAGAAUUCUGUUGAUAUCCAUUACCCAGCCAUCGAAAUGCCGAAUAGAUCAAGGCUUAGCAGUGUUUGCUGGAACGGCUAUAUCAGGAACUACCUGGCUUCCUCUGAUUAUGAUGGUAUUGUCAAGUUGUGGGAUGUGACAACGGGACAGACCAUUUCACAUUUCAUAGAGCACGAGAAGAGGGCUUGGUCUGUUGACUUUUCUCAAGUGUGCCCAACAAAAUUAGCCAGCGGAAGUGAUGAUUGUUCAGUGAAGCUGUGGAACAUUAACGAGAGGAACUGCUUAGGAACAAUCAGGAACAUUGCAAACGUUUGUUGUGUGCAAUUUUCUCCGCACUCCUCUCAUUUACUGGCAUUUGGAUCAGCAGAUUACAGAACCUACUGUUACGAUCUUCGCAAUUUAAGAGGUCCUUGGUGCAUAUUGUCAGGACACAACAAAGCAGUUAGCUAUGCAAAAUUCUUAGAUCACGAAACCCUUUUAACUGCCUCAACUGAUAACACGUUAAAGCUUUGGGAUCUUAAGAGGACCACUCAUGGCGGCCUCUCCACAAAUGCUUGUGGCUUAACAUUUUCUGGUCAUGCCAAUGAGAAGAACUUUGUCGGUCUGUCUACUGCCGAUGGGUAUAUAGCUUGUGGCUCGGAGACAAACGAGGUUUAUGCCUAUCACCGAUCUCUGCCUAUGCCCAUCACUUCCUACAAGUUUGGUUCAAUCGAUACCAUUUCGGGCAAGGAGAUUGAUGAUGACAAUGGCCUAUUCGUGUCGAGCGUCUGCUGGAGAAAAAGAUCGAAUAUGGUUGUUGCUGCUAGCUCAAAUGGGUCUAUCAAAGUCCUGGAGUUAGUCUGAGUAAACUUACUGCAGAAGCUGAGAGGUGACGAUCCCUCUUCUCCAACACAACACCCCCAAUGCCUCAAAACGGUACAAUCUCAAAUCAUGCGGUAUACUCUGUCAGGGAGGGCAUGGGUCCAAAAAAUAAUGAGCAGGCUUCGAACCCGCGAAAGAUGCAAGGAGACAACACUAAACAGAGGAAUGUAUCAAGAUCGAGUUCUGAGGCAAGAAAGUUACGAGCUUUGAAGUUUUCUCUUUGCGUGGAGUCAGAUCCUGAGUUUUCUCUCAAGGAGAUUCAUACAGUAAUCAGAGUAGCAGUAGUAGUAACAGCAGUAUCAGUGGUGGGGAUAAGAGUGUCACGAGGAGAACUGAAGACUACGACAUGCCGUUUUGAGAUGUAAAUUCGCCCCAUAGUCUUCGAUGUGUGUGUGUGUAUAUAUAUAUAGGCGAAUCUCCUGCACCAAGAAAAGGUCUUUUAUACUUUCUAAGCUCCGUUUUGAUAUGUAAUCGUCCCAUCACCCUUUUGUUCCCCAAAAUUUUGUUGAAGAGUGGAGAAGAAUUUUACUGCAUUCAUCUUUUUUUUUAUAUAAUAUUUUUUGGCU